AUAUGUAAGGCGGCUUUUAUGAAUGGAAUUAGUAUUUCAAGGUCGAUCCUGAGUUUAAUUCAAAAAUAAAAUGGAUCCAGCACUCUAAACUUCAUACUCUCUAGAUAUAAAGACAGUUAUUCUGUGUUAAUAUUUUCAUAAGUAUUUACACACCUGUCAGUAUGGCGUUUACAACAAGUAUGAUUCCAGAACAAGCUCAAGUUAAAGAUCGCGCUGAUGAACUUCUGUCUUUAUGUAAAAAAGCAGUUGCUGACUGCAAUAACGUGAAGCCAACACUUGAUUCACUUGAUAAAUUACGUUGCAAACAACGUGGUUCUAAAGUUGUCAAAAGUCAGUUGAAGUCCUUAUACACACAGGCAAUUAGUGAAGCUGAACAUCAAAAAGCUACUCUUAUGGCUGCUUUAGAAAAAGUAUCGGAAAUUCGUGCUCUAGAAUAUAAGUUGAGAACACAUGUUGGUCCGAAAAGUUUUCGCCGCGGUGUACUAAUGUCAGUUUUGCAAGAAAAUGCCAAAUCGAUACCACUUUGGAUAGGUAAACCCGGUGAGAGUCCCCCUGCUCUGUGUGGUGCAACAGGACCAUCACCAAAUAUUCCCGCUGAUCCUGGCGAUCAUGUUGCCGCCCUUGUUCCAGAACCAGACGUGGCAGCUGCUGCUUGUAAUUUAUCUGAAGGUUGUAUAUUGGCUGAAGUUGUUUCGUAUAAUCCUGAUAAAGAAAUCUAUGAGGUAGAAGAUGUUGAUGCCGAAGAAGGAAAGAUGCCAAAGCGUUACUCUCUAUCCCGUUCUAAAGUUAUACCUUUACCAAAAUGGAAAGCUAAUCCAAUUACAAAUCCUGAGGCAAUAUUCAAUAAAGGUGCUACUGUUUUGGCUCUUUACCCACAAACAACAUGUUUCUACAAAGCAAUUGUGGAUGAAAUCCCAAUUCAUAUACAUGAUGAGUAUUCCCUUUAUUUUGAAGAUUCAUCCUACCCUGAAGGUUAUGCUCCAGCUAUUAAAAUACCUCAACGAUAUGUUAUUCAAUGUCCUGACAAAGAAGCAAUGACGAGUAAACAUUUAGACAGGUCAAAAAAACGUGGUAAAAAACUAUGAAUUGUAAGAUGAACCUAUUACUUAUAAUCUUAACUUCCUCCAUCUUGUAGUUGUGUGUAGUUGUGUAAAUAUAACUAAUUUCUUUGUUGUUUCUGCACCU